AUGGAUCAGUCUCCCAUGCAGCAUCUUCCGGACGAGCUAUUAAGCGACAUUCUGUCAUUUCUACUAGACUCCAGGCCUCAAGCACUUGACAUAGGCGGGCGUAAUGGCCUUGAAGCUGAAUCUCAGACCAUUAGGCUUGGAGAAGCUUCCGAUCUCGAUCGGUUUCGUCUCGUCUGUAAACGAUUCAUGCGGAUCGGCACUCCUCGACAAUUCUCACGCUUCAACUUACGCUUUUCUGAACAUGGAUUCCGCAGACUCGGGGACCUGCUGGAAAUGCAGCUAGCCUGCUACGUGAAAUCAGUGACUUACCUUGUGCGACCCUUCUAUCAAGGCAGCGGAUGGAUGCCGAUGCUACGCACGCUUGGCUUCGAGGAUCCUACUCUGGCCCAAGUACACAUCCGCCGAUUCAGAGAACAGACGAGAUUGGUCGAGAACAACCGCGACCUUGUACAGCUACGCAAGGCUAUGGAGGCAUUUUCAUCACUUCAGGAGAUCAAACUCCUUCGCUUACAAGACAAAGCCGACGACGAUCUACUAGAUUUCAUUCGCGAUCACUCCAUCCGACGCGCGGAGGGUACAAGCUUGCGCACAACCCGGUUCGACUGGGAAUCGGCCUGUUCACGCGCAGUAACAAAUCUCGGCAUAUCCAUUCUCGGUUCCCAGCAAUGCACUUCUAUCCGCUUCAUCGGCCCGCAGAUCAGCCCCGAAGCAACUCUCCAGCUCCUGCGAGCUCCCCCCACAACCUUCACAGCAAUUGGCAGCCGUCUCACCAGCCUUGACAUCAACUUCCACUCCCACACGGACAUUACCGCAACCAUGUCCGACCUUUCAGGGGUGUUCCGUCGGGUUUUCACCGAAGCCCAAAAUCUUGUCACAAUAAAAAUCGGCUUCCCUCCCAAAUCACCACUCAACCUCGCCCUUGAGGCUAUCUUCCAUAACAUCUCUUGGAAAACCCUGCGCACACUCGGUCUGAAGGGAUGGCGCUUGCACGCCGAAGAGAUCAUCUCAUUAGCCCGUCGACACCGCUCCCAACUACGUGACUUGCGCUUGAACGCCGUCUAUGUACGACCGGGUGGCCGCUGGAUAGACGUUCUCUCCGUCCUCCGUGUCGAGAUGAAACAAUUAAACCAUCUAGACCUGACAGACAUCGACUACUCUGGCAAUUUUGACGCUGUUUUUCUUACCAGCGGCGUUGAGGUAUUCGAUGACCCUCUCAGCAUUACUCCCAUAUCCUCUUCCUUGUCCAAUGCAACAAGCGCAUUCCCGCCGCAGCCAGAUCUCUUAGAUAAAGUGCGUGACCUUGCGACAGUUGAUCUGGGGGAUAAUGGUCUUCACGUCCAUCGGGACCAAGGUCAUCUCUGGGAGGCAUGGGUUCUUUCUGGACUGCGCAUGCAAGAUGUUCAUAGCAAUAGCAGUGUCAUGAAUGAGGAAAGAUGA